AUGAGUGAGAGAAUAAGCCACGCCAGAUGUAAAGCAAUACUUAAAGCAAUCGAAUGCGAUACAUCAGAAGAUGAAUCUAAAUUAUUCACUAAAUUGUACGGAUUACUGGUUAUGUCCAUAAGAAAUAAGUAUAAUGAUAUAACAGAAUCAGUUAAAAGUAGGAUUAUAUCUGUAUAUAAGAAAAGGAAAGGAUUUAGUCUAUUUAUAUCUGGAGAGUUCUUAAAUGACUUAAAGGCCCAAUUAAAUGGGGAUACUUUAGAUAGUGAUAAGGAAUACUUAGAAAAGAUCCUUAAAGUUAAACUAGGGAGAAAGAAAAAGAGUGAAGUAGAAAUAAAAGAAUUUAAAGAAUUUGAACCAGCACUUAAAACCAGUGAAGGAAGUGUGCGUGGGGGCAAGGGCAGUAGCAAGAGAAGAAUAAAGAGCGAGAGAAGUAAAGCAAAAACAGAAUCAGCUGAUUACAUCAGGAAAAAGAGAAGAGAAGAUAAGGAAUAUUAUGAAAGGCUUAAGAGAAUGGAAGGAUUACUUAAGAAACAAUGAGUAAUAAGUAAUAAUUAAAGAACCAUGCGCAAUAAGUAAUAAUUAAGAGAGAAUGUGUAAUAAAUAAUAGAAUAUUAUGU